CAAAUACGUUAGCAAAAAGUCAUUUCCACUUUGUUAAAGCCAAAAACAUGUGUUCCAAUUAAUUAUAAGUACGCGCAAGGCAAACACAAUUCUCAACAACAAUAACAACACCCCACCAUCACUAUGGCCGGACCACAAGUGCAACAUUCACAUACGCAGCGACCCAACAGCGCCUACUACAUGGGCCUCAACGGUGGCGGCACCGGCGGCGGAGGCGGCAUUGCUAGCAAUGGCCACCACAUCGGCGUCGGCGCGGCGCACACCCACACAACCACAGCAACGAGCCUAAGCACUAGCAGUAGCGUGAAUACAGGCUUGCAUGCGCUGCGUCAAAUGUCCAACGACAUGGAGCUAAUAUAUCGCGGCAAUAGCGCCAAUUCCAGCCAUCAUCAAGCGCAGACGACACUGUCAACGCACGUCAUCCAACAACAGCCAUCAGCUGUCGCUGCUGCGGUGGGGACAACAGCGGCAGCCAACAACAGUGGCAGCCUAGCAGAGAUUGGCGGCGAUGGUGGUGGUCAAAUAGUCAGCAUAGCUGGUCCCGGGCCGAGCGCUAGUGAUGCUUUAAUUGUUCCUUCAAAUGCGGCGUUGAAACGCAGCAAUUUGGUGUCGUCGAAAAAGACACAGCGGCGUAGCGUGGAAAUUGUCGUCGACGCGUCGCAAUGUGGUGUCGCCGCCGCUGAUGGUGACGGUGACGGUGACGGUGACGGCGACGGCGACGGCGCCGAUGCCAAGUCUGGCGAUGACAUCGAACAGGGGCGUCGCAUGUCACGGCAUCGGCGUCGGCCAUUACAUCGUCGCUUUUUCAAUUACCUGCGCAAUUUGUUUCAAGGCAGUGCCGCACAAAAUGAUUCGGAAUUGGAGGAAUUUGAGACGCCCGCACGCUAUCGUCCCGAUUCCUUAAGUGCCCUCAGUCGUACAACGCGCUUCACGGAGGAUGAAAUCAAACGAAUUUAUCGCGGUUUUAAGGCUGAGUGUCCGACGGGUGUCGUCAAAGAGGACACAUUCAAACUUAUCUACUCGCAGUUUUUCCCGCAGGGAGCCAACCCCACGCUGUAUGCACACUACGUUUUCAACACACUCGAUCAGGAUCACAGUGGCAUUGUUAGCUUUGAGGACUUUGUUCAGGGACUAUCGAUAUUGUCGCGCGGCUCUGUGGAGGAAAAAUUACGCUGGACAUUCUCGUUGUACGACAUCAACGGCGACGGCUUCAUAACGAGGGAAGAAAUGACUGAUAUUGUGACUGCCAUUUACGAACUGAUGGGACGCCUACCGGACGAGUGUCCCGAGGAGGAGAAAAUCAAACACAAAGUCGAACACAUAUUCCAGAAAAUGGACAAAAAUCGUGAUGGUGUGGUGACGCUGGAUGAAUUUCUGGAGACAUGUCGAAAUGACGAAGCCAUAUCACGGUCAAUGUCCGUCUUCGACUCAGCGUUCUGACCAUAUCCACUGGAGAAACGAGACGAGAGCGCCGGUAAUUACCGACAACACAAAGCACAAUCGUCGGGAAGGGGCAAGGGGAUUACUGCCGGAGGUAAUAAUCAUAGUCGUACACGUAGUAGUCGCAAUAGGCGCAAACAACCAUCAUCACAACAACGUCAACAGCAAACAGAGCAACAAAUGUCGCAACAGCAAAUGACACUGGACGAGCAAACACAGCGCGACAAAUGUAAAAAGCCAAAUAAACGUAAGUCAAGUAAGAAAGUCCUACAAAUACAACUACCAGACAAAGCACAACCACAGUCAUCACAGCCAGAAUUACAGCCACACCAGCAGAGCCAAGUGGAUGCAGUAAUAAGCCAAACUUCAUCCGCAAAUUGUGAGAAACCUCAACUGCGCGAAAGCACUGACAAGCGUACCGUUACACACGGACUCCCUGCUGCCAAAACGCCUACUUCCAGCAGCGAUGCCUCCACUGCCUCAUGCGACAGCGAUAGCGAAGAAGCGGUCAGCGACAAGUUGGGCUCCAUGUGCCAUCACUGCCUACGGCCACAAAUCGAACUACAGUUGCGCCAUUUGCGACCUCAUCAACGCCGCCAAUGGAGCCGUUUGCUGCAGCAGCAGCGCAGCAAGCGGCGUUCGAGUAAAACCCGCAAGGAGGUGAGCUGGAGUGGUGCGCACGAUGAAAAUGGCAGCGGGCGACGCGAUGGGCACGACGGUGGCGGAGAUGGUGGUAAUGAGGGCGCAGUUACGGCGGGGUGGCAACGUUAUGGCACCAACGACUGCUUGGCGCCUACGAACACCUAUACGAGCGGGGUGCAUUGGUCACGACGCGACGUCAGCGCCGCGGUGCGGUAUCGCUGUCCGCAGGUGGGCCCCAAGUCCGCACCCUACCACUUCCACCAUCCACAACAACUACACAAUGCAUAUCAGUUGCAAUUAUUGCUGCAACAAUGUGAUUAUGUGCCGCCGUCAUACUACCAACAACAGCAGCAGCAACAGCUACAACAACAACCAUAUUAUGAACGGCACGCGGCACUGCAUAAUAGUAAAAUGGACUGCAACAACACCGGCACUGCAGCUGCUUCUACAACAACUACGGCCACAACGGCAACUACUAUAAACAUUGAAUGUGAGUCUCACAUGCAAUUACAAAAACAACAUGAUAGAAAUGUAAGCUUGCAGCAAAAUCAAAAUUUAUACGCAACAACAAACAUACAAACUGCCACACCGAGUGGUUGCAGCGACGCCUGCUGCACCAGCAAUGCCAGCUCAGUGGCGGCGGCGUCGGCACUAACUGCACCAGCGGGAACCGCGGUAGCUUUGCAACCACAGUCCACAACUCACGCCCUAGAUCGCGCCACAAGGGGCACUGUCAGCGACAGUGAGCUACAGUUGCAACAGCACCUGCCCACGUCCGAGUCGCCGUCUUUGGUGAAGGUCCGCGCCUGGUACACAGUGGCUAAACAGGGUGUUUCUUGCUAAUAGUAGUUUCAUUCCUACAUUUCUUGCCUAUGGAACAGCUCAGUAUUUAUGCUAUUACCACUUACUACCUAACUAAUUGUGGUUCGAAUGUGGUUAUUGUUUUGAGUUUUACGAAGAAAAAAAACGUUGUAAUUUAAGUAGAAAGCCCUUCCAAGUUAGCAAGUUACCACAAGCGCACUAUUAGAUUCUGUAAAUUUAUAAUUGUAUAAUAAGUACAGCGUUGUGAUUUUCCUAAGCACAGUUACACCGAACCUGUUGCCUUUCCAAAAUUUUACAGAUGUUUUGCCAUUAAUUUUUUCUAUUUAUUCUAUGUGUCUUCUUUUAUCAUAAUAUUUUUUUUUUUUUUUUUUUUGUAUUAAUGUAACUUUUUUGUUCGAUUCACCACGCUCAAAGCAUUGGUGAAUCAAGAAACACUAUUAGAGCACUAUUUGAAAAUUUGUUUGAUACUUUUUAUUACAUACAGCAUCAUAUAUACAUUGUGUAUUUCCACCCCUACAUUCGAUAUUGCUAUCUUUAUGAAGAAAGUCAGUGCAGAUAGAUAGUAAAAUUGUGGUUUUGAACUGCGAACUAUUGUCUAUCAUGUAUGGUCACAAAAGUCCAGCAUCCUGAACAAUUCCAACAGCAUGCUGGGAGCAACUGAGGUGAUAUGAUACCUAGGGCCUUGAGCCUGCUUCUGCCAAUUGCUGGACAAUCCAAAAUCAGGUGUUCUGGAGUUUCCUGUUCCAUGUCGCAGAAACGGCAGUCAGUGGAGAUGUUACUUCCAUACUAACUGUAUUGUCGAUUGAAAAUGAAAAAUGCUUUCCUCAAUUUCUGCACGAAAAGUUCACCCGAGGCAAUGAAACGGACAACAUCAAAAGAGAUAUGGUCGUUAUGAAUACGAAAGUUUGUCCACACUGUAUUAUACUAAUAUUCUACCAAUUGCCAAAAGAGAACAUAAUUUACUUAAAAAUUCAAUUGAUUUUUUGUGCUGAGAAUUCUAUUAUUGUUUAGCUCGACAAUUCAACCUUAUGGAGCAAUAAAACUUAAGUCAUAAAAAACAUAAUUCGUUAUAGCUCAUCAUGAAGUAGGAAAACUCGGUGGAAAAGAGGCAUAGUCAUAAUUUUAAUCUACCGGACCGCUAUGGUGUAUUUCAGAAAGCGAUAUAUGUACUGCCACGACUACUUUCCCUUAUUAAAGUUCAUCAUGACGCAAUAGUGGGAGUUUUUACUGGAUAUUGUAGAAUAGGCAUUUAUUCUGUAUGGCUAAAAAUCCAUCGGACUCCAAUUGCCUAAGUUCUAUGCAGAAGGGGAGGUAGAAAAAUAUUGGUGCAUCCUAUUUUUAAGAGUGCUGCUGAAACAUCUCUGCAGUUAUACCCUCGGCGAACCAGAAUAUAUAGCCUAAACUGAGAUUAGCCAUCUCAACAAAUUUAUGAUUGUCAACACAUGAGGGCUCUUAUGAUCAAUUUUAUAAAAGUUCUAGGAACCACAGGGACAGGGUCGUUGUUUCAAGUAGCCCUAGUAAACUCGCUAUGGGUUCUACAUAUAUACUACUUGAGCUAACUUAACCUAACCUACCAUAAUAACUCGUCAAUAAAUUUCUUUUGAUAAGUAGAGUAUUUGAAAUAAUUCAUUUCGAUUUAGUUCUUGAUUGGUGUGUAAGAGUGAUAAUUGUAUAUAUAAAAUGACAAUGAAAUUAGGUUGGUCAAUAAAUUAGAGUUUGUUCUGAGAAUAAGCAUAUCGGCCUCUUAAAAUGCAAAAUAACGUAACAUCACUUUUCAUAAGUUUACACACGAAGGUAAAACGAUAUCAUAGAAACACUUCACAUUGAAACAAAAUUUACGUUGGUUAUAUAUUGGUUAUAUAAUGGUUAUAUAUUGAUUAUAUAUUGAUUAUAUAUUGGUUAUAUCUGAGCGCUGAAGCUUGAAAUUUUACAAUAUCACAUAUGUAGUUCAUCGUAAGCUACAAAAAACUCAAUGUCGAUUUUUUUGAAGAUACGUUGUUUUGCAAGUUAGGUGAAGAUAUAAUAAUUUUGAGGUGAUGCAGAAAUCGGACAACCUUUUUAAAAGUUCUGGGCAAUCGUGCACAGCUUGAUUUUCAUAGGAAUGAAAUAAAGCAUGUUGAUAUUUUCAAAUAGUCUUCAAGGACACUCUCUUUAUAGAAUUUUAUAAAUGUGUUUAGCUCACAGC